UUAUGAUUGGGCUCUAUCAUUUAAAGCCCAAAGGCCGAAUCAGAGAGAGAAAUCUUGGCCUUCCUUUCCAAUUCAUGCCUUAUAUAAACCGAACUACAAACCCUAUAUCCAUUCUGAUAAUCACUUCAGAAAACCCUAACGCCGUCACCAGUUGUUUGCAGUUGUUUGUGAGAAGGAAGAAGAAAAAUGGCAAAGUCAAAGAAUCACACAGCACACAAUCAGAGUUACAAGGCCCAUAGAAAUGGGAUCAAGAAACCCAAGUCACACCGUCACAGCUCCACCAAAGGGAUGGAUCCCAAAUUCUUGAGGAACCAGAGGUAUGCUAGGAAGCACAACAAGCAGGGUGGGGGAUCUGCUAAGGAAGAGUAGAAUGUUCUAGCAGUAAUAGGGAUUUCUAGCUUUCUGUUUGUUGCUGGCACUGUUAUCCAAAUUUGGGUUUUUUAAUUUUGUUUGUUAUUGCGGAUAUAGUGGCUACUACUAUGGAAACCAGUUUUACUGUUUAAUGAACACCUCUUUUCGAUUCA